ACAUCAAGUAUUUCUUUGAGUAGUUUUGACCUAGUUGAUGAUGAAAAUGGAUAUGAAAUGAGACAAACUUGUAGUUACCUACUAUCAAAUAUAUCAGACAAAAAUUCUGGAAUUUACAGUUUGGUUGGUUAUUCGAAUGAUGAGAAAUUUAGAGACACCCCAUUAAAUAUGAGUAUAAACUUAAUCGUUGUGGAUAGUGUCACUACAGAUGCACAGACAGUUACAAACACACCGACAUCUGUUCCAUUGUCUGCUAUAAUUGGGGGAUCAGUAGCUGGACUUCUGGUUGUUAUUCUCAUCACAGUUUAUGUUAUAGUAAAAGUUAAACGGAAAAGCCACCAUGAAAAAAAUGCAGAAGUAAAGGAAGAUAAGGAAAAUCCCCUUUAUGGCACUUCUGGAUUUGGCAGUCCAUCAGAAUAUACAAUGGUUGACAAAUCAAAUGAUGCUAGUUCAAGCAAGGAGGAACGUCUGAACCCUCUUUAUGAUUCUAACUCUGCCACCCAGGGAGGAGUAGAAGAAGCUUAUGCUGCUGUGGAUGUAAGGAAAAAGAAGAAAAACAAAGCCAAUAAAGGAACUGAAAAUGCUGCCUUUUCUUCUGAAAGUAAUGCAGCUGUUUAUGCUGCAGUAGAUAAAUCAAAGAAAAAGAAGAGUGAUAAACCACCCGUUGAAGCUGUCUACAGUGAAGUUAAUAAGAAAAAAGGUUCAAAAAAUGAUACUUCACUCCAUGGAUCUUCCCAAUAAUUACAUUGUGUUAAUUAUUCCAACCAAAGCCGAAGUAUUGAAAAUCUUAUUACUUCGAUUUACUGUAUAUAUAUAUUCUCCAGCAUAAAUAUUGAUAUGUUCAAAAAUUAGAAGAAGUAUAGCAGUAAUACAAAAUGGACAGGUGGUCCAAAGUUGAAAACUUUGAUGAACCUCAUGUUGUUUAAAGUGUUGGCAUUUAAAAUAUCUUCAGUGGUGUUCUAUUCACUUUCAUAUUUAUACAGAGAUCAGUGCUAUAUAACACACUCUGUGAUUCGUCAACAUUCAAUGUAUUUCAUUUGAAUCCCACAAUACCUAACAGUUCUGUAACCUCAAACCAAUUGGAAAUUAUUUUAAUUUUUAUGAAUAUAUUAUUUUGGUGUGAUCGCAAUGCCAGGAAAUUCUUCGUUGAUUGCACAGUCUUUGCCUUUCCUACUCCUUCCUAUACAUUCCACAACCAUGCAUUGCAUAUGGGCUUCGCAAUGGAAUUUAUUUAAGGCAAUUCUGUUUUCUACUUUUUAGCAAAUUCGCUAAAAAUUUCUGGUAUCUAUUUUCUUGAAUAGUUGGAAAAAUUAUAAUAUUUUGAGCCAAAAGGUCAUGACUAGGAUAAAGCGCUAUCGAGUAAAUCAGUUUUGAAUACUUGUAUUUAUAUUUGCAGUUUAUCUUCCAGUAGAUAGUUUUUUUUUAAUAUUUUAACAUAAAAUGCACUCUAGUUGUUUUUGAUAUGCCUAAAAUGUACUAAUGCACUAAGUCAAGUCACUAAUUUAUGCUUCAAUAAAGGAAAUUUUGUGUUAUCCUAAUUAAUUUCACUGUCAUAGGUCAUCUAUGCAAUUAGACUGUGAGUCAAUUAUUCUGCUUUUGCUUUCUCCACUGCUGUUAACAUUUUCGGGGUGUUGAAGUGUUGUAUUAUCUUUUCCGUUAUAACUUUCAUCAGUCUUUCAUAUUAGUUGGGCACCUGUGCUGAUUUACGGUCUUUCUUAGUUAGGUUUUGGAGGUUGUUUUAAACUUAGUUAAACACACAUAUAACGUGUGAAAUAGUAGUGUGAGCUAUUUAUAUUAUGCUUUAUUAAUUUUCCUUCCUGUCAUCAUUGUACUUGUAACUCACCCUUCAUUCUAUUUUUGCAAUAUAUAGUGUUAUGCUCAUUUACUAGCCAAUUUGAUAUCUACAAACUUGUUAUUGAGUGAGCACUGGCAUGUUUGUCUAUUUUUUACCAAGAAUUAGCAUUUUGAAAAGAAAAUAAGAUCUCUUUAUUCGCCAAUCAAUUUUCUAUAAAUGCCAUUUAUUAGGCAAUGGUAAUGCAAAAUAGAGUGAAAAUUUAUAUUAAUGAAAAUACAGAUUUGGUUUAUCACCAGCAAUGGUCAAAUAUUGUAGACUGUAGUGUUUUAAAAUUUAUUAUUUUAUCUUUUCUAUAAAUGUGUUUCUCUGCUCUUUAUCAAUAUUUGUAAAUAAAAAGUGAUUCAAGUCAAAAGUGGUUAUCAGUUAUGGCAGUGAAAUGAAUUUCUGUAAUUUUAUAUUGUUAUCAAUGACAUUUUUAUGAUCAUUUUUAUUAGUGCAUUAAGACAUUACUUGAAUAUAAUAUGAAUUGUUAAAGUGAAAGAAGUAGAGACUCAAUAUGAGAACCGUAUUAUGCUAUGCUAUUUGUGUAUUUAUGAUUUUCCCAAUUAUCUCAAUCUUAUGUUUUCAAAAUGUAAGGAAAAAGAAUAUCUUCAUUUCUAUGAAAUUACGGUAGAUAGUUCAUUCGAAAGCAACUUGGUUUCUUAAGGAAAAGUGAUGUAAAUUAGUGUAAAUGUUUUUUUUUUCAACAAAGAGUUAAUAAUAAUGCUUUUUAUGUUGUAUAUUCACUCUCUGUAUUGUUUCAACUUGUAGCCACUGAGAUUUAAUUUUUGUUUCUUCAUAAUCAAUGUAUAUGGUGAAAAGUGAUAUUAUUUUUAGUCAUAACUUUAUUCAUUUAAUUAUUUUUCAUCAUUAUUCAAAGAUACAAUUUUUAGGAGAUGACAUUUUAGGGAAAAAAAUA